CGCGCCCUCAACACAAAACCCAAACACCCAACCUACGUCAACCAGUUCCGUCGUGAAAAUCGUCUCGCUCCUCUGUCUGAGACUGCAUGAAAAUAGAAGCACACACGCAGCCACCCAAAACAAAAGCGCGACAACUCACCCGCAUCGAACUCUGACUGAGUUACCACCCACAACGGACGAGUUCCCGUCGCCCAAUCCUGCAUUGCAUCACUCGCGUGGUGUGGUGGCAUCAUAUGAUUUUCCACCCCAUUCUAGUACUUCCUCCCGAAGACGACGAGGACGACGGCUGCCGGUCGUCGGUCGAAUGCUGCAUCGUAGUCGUCGUCGACGUCGUCGGAACGUUCACUUCGGCAAAGGCUCAUUCACAUUCGGGUCAGUAGUGGGCCGACGACGACGACGUAGAAUCACAGACAGUGACUACUACUGCCCACUGACUGUGCUGCUGUGCUGGGAAAGCAACAAGGAUUUAGCACGAGCUCGGCGUGACGGGACGCACAGGGAAAUCUCGACAGUCGACACUCGGUUCGUCGGUGUUGUGAAAAAUUUACUUCAGUUCCAUUCGGGUGCCCGUUGCGGACGGUUGUCGCAGGACCGGUUCGGUUUUCACGUGUGGUAUUUUCUGAGAUUUCCCCAGCGCCAAUUAGCCGGGUGUGUUAACGCUGUUACACUCUGUACCAGGGAGGAAGGUGGUUACGGUUACAUGUAGCUAGGCCGAGGUGAAGUUUUGCGUUGUUUUGCUGACUGCGGAAUUUUGAAGGCUUGAAUGGGGUUAAGGUAAAUCAGCAAUCUCGUAGGUCAGUGAGCGAGGCCUGGUGCGUUCCGCAAAGGAAGUGGUGUUCCGUGAAAUUUUCAACUUUUGGACGAGAUUGAAUUGGAUAUCAAAGUUGACAGGAUACGCCAUCGUUGUCGUUGGGAUUUGUUGGAUGCUGUAGUGUGUUGUUGGCAGAUCGCGAAUUGCGCGUGCAUUCAAGAUUCUCUGAAGAGAUGCAUCGCAUCGUGUAGCGUCCUUGGUGAAGAAUUUCGGCAAGUGAAGUGUUUGGGAUGUGUUGUACGACGUAUAUGAAUCAAGCGCUGUGGGAGUGAAAUGCAGAAUACUCUACAUAGAUGUGUCUACCUUGCGAAGCGUCGCUCUCAUGUUGAACUAAUGAAUAAGUAAAUGAAUCUGUCGGAUGUCAGCUUUCGUGUCGUGGCAUGGAAUAUCCGUAGCUCGCUAGCACAGUCUGUGAUGUAUAGGGCUUACAUAUACGUAUAGUUGUGGCACACACUAGCGACGACUACAGACUGCGCUUCCUCCCGAUACGGAUUCGGUCUGAUCCUACUCCAUGUGGAUGGGAUGUGUGCUUGACGUAGGAUUUGUGUGGGGAAUCUCCAACCCGUGUGCGCUGCUGGCACAGUGUCGCUCGGUUGCCGGUGCGCUUGUUGUACAUGAUGAAGGGAUGAAUAAAGGAUUAGGUCGUGAAAAAUUGGAGCGGAAUCAGAAGCCGGUUCCAUGAAGCCAAUUCUGUACACUACAUAGCAGGUGAACGACGAAGUGUAUGGUGGAGACAAAUUGUUACAUUCGUUUGUACUAUUAAUUGUGCUGUCCGUGUCCUUCAGAGGACACCUACUCGGAUUCAACCUCAAAAAAGGAAACUCACUGUGUAUAUCCAUCUAACCGAGUUCCGAAGAAAACCACAGAAAUUCUAGCUCAUGUGAAACGGAAUUCGCAUCCCUUAAAGUGGAUUCCAACGAGACCUCCCAACAGGGGGCAGACAAGUGAAAAACUGGAAAUCCAUCAUACAGCCGGCGCGAAGUGUUGAGACAGGAGCCUAACAACGGAAGAAAUCUCGGCCCCCGAGUGCUUUGCAGCUGCAGUACAGAACAGAACAGCCGGCAGUCUAGCACCCGCCCGCGCCAAGGUAGAAAAGUGAGCGCAAAUUAAUUGAAAAAGUUAUAUUAAAACGUUCGAGUGAAACACAUAAUUAAUGAUCCCCGACUACCGCUACUAUUACGGUUGAGCCGCCGCGUCGAGUCGCGCCAAAAGUAGCAGCGUUUGCAGGUGGUUCAACUGAAGUGAGUGAAUCAGUGCUGAAGGCAAAAUGUUCCAACCAAGCCUACUAAUGGCUUCACGUGUUUAGGCAAGUAGUCGAAAGCACAAAUUCCGGUGAGCAAUGUGAAAUCAUUGUGAAUCGUUCAAGUGAUUUUUUCGGUGGAAAUUUAGAAGAAAAAAGCCGGAAAUCCAACUGUUUGGAGCGGUCAUAGCUGAAUCUAAAGCGGAAACCAGCAGCAGUUCAGCCGGGGCGCAACCAUCAGCAGGAGCAAACAACAAACACAAAACGAUAUGAACGCUCUGCAUCCUUGUGGAAAAGAUUCGAUUUGAGUGAGUGCCUCGGUGCGGUGUGCGACAGUGUGCCAGUGAAAAAAAAAUGAUGGAUCCCAUCGUGCGGUUGGCAGCAGGAAUCCUCUACACGGUGGUGGUGACACUGCUCGCCGUCGAACGAACACGACUCGGUGCCGACGGGUGGAAGCUGGAUAACCGGAACAUUCUCUACACCAAUCAGGAUGUUUCGUACGAGUGCCCGAUCAAUACGAUGUGCCGGUGUGCCAGCCUGCCGAACGAGACCACGCUGCUGCAGAUCAACUGUAACGAGGUUUCGCUGUACAAAUUUCCAGAAUUCCUCCACACGAUAAAGCACAUCGAUAUGUCACGCACAUUCAUCCACAACGUGGACGACGAGACGUUCCAGGGACUGCGGCUCGAAUCGCUCAAACUGGUCGACAACAAGAUCCAGGACAUUUCCGAGAAGAGUUUCAACUUCAUGCAGCACUCGCUCGUCUCGCUGGACAUCUCCGACAAUCAGCUGCAAGGAUUGCCGUUGGAUUCGUUGAAAAACGUCCAUACGUUAAGCCGAUUAGUGGCACAGAGGAACAACAUUCACCACCUGGACGGCAACUGGGGGAGCCUGGCGGAUUCGUUGCGGAGUCUGCACAUUUCCGGUAAUUCGAUUUCGGAGCUUUCGCUGUUUUUGCACGAGGACAAGCGCCCAAACCACACGGUGCCCACGUUCCAGGCGUCGUCUUCGAUAAUCACUGCAAAGCACUCACCGCUGGGGCCAUUACCGGCGGUUCCCGGACAGCAACAGCAGAAACCAUUCGCCAAGCUGAAAAAACUCGUGUGGUUGGAUAUCAGCUCCAAUCGGAUAGCCCACAUAGGGCCGAAUAUUUUUCCGAAAUCGCUGGUGACGAUUGAUUUGUCGAAAAACAUCCUGAGCGCGUUUCCUGCCGCCGUGCUGGAGCAUUUGCAUGAUUUGCGGAUCCUUUCGCUGAAGGACAAUUUGAUAUCGAAGCUGGUCGGGGUGGACAUGGCGGGGUCCCGAAUCAAGUUCGAAAAGCUGGACCUCAGCAUAAACCUGAUAGAGGAGCUGCCAUCGUGGCUGUUCAAUGGGACGGUUCGAGUGAAGGCUAUCAAUUUCGAUAAGAAUUUCAUACGCAGCAUACCGGGGGACGCAUUUCGGGACCUGGGGGUGGUGCACAUGGUGCUGGCGUUCAAUUUUAUUGAAUCGGUGGAUGAUGAAGCGUUCGCCACGUUGGAGCAGUCGUUGGAGUAUUUGGACUUGGAACGUAACCGACUACUGGCGGCCCCGAGGGCGAUUGGCAGUUUGAACAAAUUGCGGUAUCUGUACUUGACAUCGAAUGAACUGACAGGGAUCGAUCAGCUGCCAGCGACACUGAAAGUGCUCUCACUGAGUGGCAAUAAUUUCACCUCCAUUCCAGUGGAAGGAUUAGCUAAUUGUACCGAGCUGUCCUAUUUGAACAUGGGCUACAAUAAAAUAGCGGAAAUUGCGGAGAACGAUUUCGUCGGAUGGGGUGCCAAUUUGCAGACACUGCUGCUUAGGAACAAUAAAAUAACUAGUCUCAAUUACGGCAUUUUCAAUGGACUGGACACGAUAAAGGAGAUUAGCCUGAGCUUCAACGAUAUUCACUAUGUGCACCCCAAUGUGUUCGAUAAUGUGUCCAGCACAUUGAAAAUCCUGGAGCUGUCGUUCGGCAUCUACCGGGAGGAAUAUCCAAUGGAUGCACUCAGCGUGCUAACCGAGUUAAUGUGGCUGGGGCUGGACAACAACAACCUGAAGGUAAUUCCUGACGAUGCCCUUUCCACUCUGAGCCAGCUGACGUACGUGAAUUUCGCAUUCAACCGAAUUACGGUGCUCCCACGUAGGGUGUUCCAGUCAGACAUCCACAAAAACCUCGUCGAAAUUGAUUUGUCAUUCAAUCAGAUUGAAGCUCUUCACUCUGACACGUUCCAUAAUCUGGAGCUGAUUCAAAUCAUAAAUUUGUCCUCGAACAAAAUAAAAAGCAUGGAGAAAAACUGUUUUCACGAAUUGCCCUACCUGACGUACGUGGACCUGUCAUUCAACGGGAUGCAGAACGUGAGCGAGGCUGCGUUUAGAUCCCUACCGGCGUUGCUCAGCGUGGACCUGAUGUACAACGAGAUGAGUACGUUCUCGCUGAAAAUGUUCAAGCACGUUUCGAACGCCACCACCCCCAUGAGGCUGAAUAUUAGCAACAAUGCGAUCGAUAAUUUCGAUGGCGACGUCAACUCUCUGCUCUACGUCUACUCACUGGACGCCAGCCACAAUCAGCUUCAGGAGCCACUCGUCUUCCGCGCGCUAGCCUACUCUCUCCGUAUCCUCUACCUGAACUGGAACAAUUUUACCACGCUCCAAAAUCAUGCCUUCGGUGAUUUACAGAUACUGGAAAUCCUCAACCUAGCUCACAACAAUAUAUCAUCAUUAAGACGACGCAGCUUCGCCGGCCUGGUGAACCUGCAGGAAUUCGAUUUGAGCCAUAACAAGAUAGAAGUGCUCCAAAUUGAGCAAUUUUCCCCGCUCAAAAAACUCCGUCUGCUGAAACUGAAUAACAAUCGCCUAAGGGCAGUUCCGCGCGAUGCAUUCCUGAACACGCGAAUCGAAUUUUUGGAUUUGUCUAACAAUCUGUUCGCUGCCUGGCAGGCAACUGCAUUCGCCGACAUCGGAUUCACACUUCGCUCCAUCCAGUUUAGCAACAAUUUGUUGGAGUUUCUCGACGAGUACAUGUUCACCAGCACGCAAUAUUUGCUCGAGCUUAACCUCUCGUAUAAUCAAAUCAAACUCAUCCCAGACAACUCUUUUGCUAAUUUGAAUAAUCUGACAAUCCUGGACCUCAGCUGGAACCCAUUUAUCAACAUCAAUUUCAAGGAAAUCUUUCUCAACGUGCCACGCCUCCACGAAUUGCACCUCCAACACACUGGCCUAUACCGAUUGCCUUCCCUCAUACUCCCCCAACUGGUCACCCUGGACAUCAGUCACAACCACAUCCAAGAAAUUGAAUCCCUCGAGGAGCUCUACUACCUACGGGAAUUCUACGCCAAGGACAAUAAAAUCAACAACAUCACCAACCUACUCCGAAACCUCCCAACCUCCAUCCGAGUCCUGGAAAUCUCCCGGAACCCCAUCCGAAAAAUAUCCUUCCACGACUUCUCUCAAAACCGCCGCCUGGAAGAACUCCUAAUCGAAGACAUCAAAAUCACCAAUCCGGACAUCUUCAUUAAACUACACAACCUCAAAAAGCUUCGCAUCAACUCACAGCACAACUUCUCCGAGCUCAUCUCCAAACUGCGUGGCCUCCAGGAGCUCUACGUGACCGUCUACGAGGACCACAUCGAUGACAAUCUUUUCACCGCCAAAAUGCACACCAUCACCAAGCUGAACCUCCUGGAAAUCACCGGCCGGCGGCUCGUUCAAAUCCACCACCGGGCCUUCGUUGGCCUAGCGCGCAAUCACGACCUCAAGCUGCGGAUACGAAACACCCUGGUGAACGACCUGCCACCGGGUAUAUUCUACGCCCUCAAGUACAUCCCCCGGCUGAGCAUCGACCUGUCGGAUAACCUGCUGGCGGCGCUGGCGCCCGACAGUUUCUAUCCGAACGCGAGCUCAUGGGAUGCCGUGGGGACCCGGAGUGUCAUCGGGGGCCUAGACAUCAGCAACAACCCGAUGCAGUGCGACUGCGGGCUGGUGUGGUUGGGCCAUUGGCUGAGGCGGUGGCUCCGGGAGACGACCCAGGUCAACCCGAUCCAGAAGGACGAGAUGCGGAAGAUGAUUCGGCGGGCGAAGCGAAGUACCUGCACGGAUCCGCUGACUGGCCGGCGGUUACCCUUCCUGGAGAUGUUCCCGGAGGACCUGCUGUGCCACGCGAGCGCCCUCAGCAGUUUGGCGCUGAAGCUGCGCUUCCGGUUUAUGAUCAUCUGCCUGAACGUGCUGCUAAUAGUCGUACAUAAAUCUAGGAUUCUGAUAUUUUAAUGCUCCGGUUCCGCCACAAACCACCACCCACCAUGAGAGAGUAUCCUGCGCCGCCGUGGGUUUGUUUGGGUAGGGGUAUGAGGGUGUGAGCGAUUGUCCAACUUUCGUGUAAAAGUUUUUCAUGCUCCAUGGCAGCCAACAAUUCCUUACCCUAGCGGAGCCGAGAAGAGGUGGUCAGCCAAGUGAUGCGGAUUAAGAACACUCACACAAUUUACCGUCGGAAUGUGGAUGGAGGAUGAAGGUAAGCCAGGCAGAAGGGCGUGAAUGAGGGAAUGAAGCUACACUGUAUAGACGAUAAGCCGAGUAAGUGGAAAACAUUUUUUUCUGAUUGCUGCAGCCAGUAUUGAGGGUAAAUUCGUUGUACAUACUAGGGAAAUAUUUUUUUAAUCGAGUAAAAGGUCCAAAUUAGUGUUACAGGAGCUCCCUUUCCUAGGAGUUGUUGAACAGAAGAAAAAUAAAGAACAUUAAAACGUCGAUUGAACGAGAUUUCAGAAAGCGUGUACCAAAGCCAACCUUUGUAUAAGUGAGUAAGUUCGCGAUUAGUUUCCCUAAGAAGAGAGACCGAUAAGUUAGGAGAAGCUCUUAAAAUGUGAUAAACGGAAGAUUUGCUAUAUAUAAAUCCAAACUUAUAAAACCGAAAUGAAAAUAAACAAUCAAUAAAAUUGUAUUCAACGGCGA